GACGUAAUCGCGACAUUAACGCAAAGAACACGGCGGUUAGACCUGGGAAGUGUGCUUAGCGAAGAUGGCCCCGUCACCUACCAAACGCAGAGAGCGUUCAGAGGACAAAGCCAAAGAAAAAGGCAAAGAAAAGGUUGGUGCGAAGGAAGGUGCUGAUAAGGAGAGAGGCAGAGAGAAGAAUCGCAAACGCCGCAGUAACUCCACUGGGAGCAGCAGCAGCAGGUCAAGCUCCAGCUCCAGCAGCAGCUCUGGAUCCAGCUCUGGCUCUUCCAGUGGCUCCAGCUCCUCUUCAGGCUCCAGCCGCUCUGGAUCCUCUAGCUCCUCUCGCUCCUCCAGCUCAUCUGGGUCCUCAGGGUCACCCAGCCCCAGUCGGAGACGGCAUGAUAAUCGCAGGCGCUCACGCUCAAAGUCCAAAUCACAGAAAAGAGUUGAUGACAAAGAACGCAAGAGGAGGAGCCCGAGCCCCAAACCUACCAAACUUCAUCUAGGAAGGCUAACUAGGAAUGUCACCAAGGAUCACAUUCAAGAGAUCUUCUCUACAUAUGGGAAGAUAAAAAUGAUUGACAUGCCUUUAGAUCGUUUUCAUCCAAACUUGUCAAGAGGCUACGCCUAUGUUGAGUAUGAAACUCCAGAGGAAGCUCAGAAGGCCCUCAAACACAUGGAUGGAGGUCAAAUAGAUGGUCAGGAGAUCACAGCUACAGCUGUCUUGGCUCCAAGGAUACGACCUGCCCCUCGCAGGUUGUCCCCUCCACGCAGGAUGCCCCCUCCUCCACCCAUGUGGCGCCGUACUCCACCGCGCAUGAGGAGACGGUCUCGCUCACCUCGGCGACGCUCACCAGUGCGGAGACGCUCCCGUUCCAGGUCUCCAGGCCGUAGACGCCACCGCUCACGCUCUAGUUCCAACUCCUCACGAUAGUGUUGCUAAUUGCUAUAAACAAGACGGCCCCUAGAUGUAUGGGUUCAGGCCCUAGUUUGAAUGGACAAAAAUUGCUAGCUCAUUAAAUCAAAUUCAUAUUUCUCAGGAUUUUGCUGCGAAAGCUCCAUGUCCAUUAUCAUGUCCUCAAUUGCUAAUGAGCACAUAAGAUUUUCUGUUCCUCUGAGUGUUCCAUAUUUGCAGAAUGUUAUUCUCAUUGUGCACAAGAAUUACAUGCUUUUAAGUUUUUACCUUUUUUUAAUGUAGUUGUGAGGUUGGAGCAAGCUGGUUACUUAAUUUGACUGUAUUUUGGACCCUUAAUUAAAACUGAAGUUCUUUCCUAUA